CGCCGCGCUUUGGGCCUUCGAUGACCGUCUCCUUCACACAGUCCUGCUUACACCAGAGCCCUCCGCGAAUCCCAUCGACUCAAUCCGCUGUUUAUUGCACGCUGAUCAGCUUGUAAACAACUACAAAGGCAAUCAGAGGAGCGCGGAAUAUAGCCACGAUGAAUGGAAUAUCAGUUGAUAUGCAGGCCCUGAAGAAGGGCGAGGUGAACCUCGGAACCUCAAUUAUGGCGGUGACUUUCGAUGGUGGAGUCAUUCUCGGCGCGGACAGUCGUACUACUACAGGAGCUUUUAUUGCGAAUCGUGUGACCGAUAAACUUACACAAGUCCACGAUACUAUAUGGUGCUGCCGAUCUGGCUCCGCUGCGGAUACUCAAGCCGUGGCCGAUAUGGUGAAGUAUCAUCUCCAGAUGUACAGUGUUCUCUACGAGAAGCCGCCAACCAAGGUUGCCGCGUCGAUCUUCCAAGAGAUCUGCUACUCAAACAAGGAUGCUUUGUCGGCGGGAAUCAUCUGUGCCGGAUACGACGACAAGAACGGUGGUGAGGUGUACAGUAUUCCGCUAGGCGGCAGUCUUCACAAACAACCUUAUGCUAUUGCAGGCAGUGGAUCAACAUACAUCUACGGUUACUGCAAUACCCGAUUCAAGCCCAACAUGACCAGAGACGAAACCGUUGAUUUUGUGAAAGGAGCUCUUACCGAGGCGAUCAAAUGGGACGGUAGCUCAGGUGGUGUAAUCAGAAUGGUCGUAUUGACAAAGAAUGGCGUGGAGCGCUUGAUAUUCUAUCCCGACGAGUAUCAAAAGGAUUACUAAGGAUUUAAAACGUUUAAAGACAAGU